CUUUGUAUCUUCGUUCGAUGCAACGAUAGGUGUAUUUAGCUUAUAUUUUAUUUAGUUAGAAAGAGAUCGGUGUUCGGUGCCAAAGGAAGAGUACGUGAAAGAAAGAAUACGCAUUCGAAAUGGUGACUUGCCUUUGCUGCAAAUACGUGCCUCCAAAGGCUCAGCAGGUGAAGGGGUUCAGAACAACAUGAGCCACAAAUACACACCCAGCGCCGGAGGCCGCUUAGAGGGCGGGAUGUGGUGCUGUACACUGCGGGCUCCGAAUAUUACAAAAUUCGACUUUGUUGUGAGUUGACAUGCUAGAUGCGCACACCCCGCGUCCAACUCUGCGCUUGCAACUAUGGUAACGCUAUUGAUUUCCAGCUCAAUUUGACCCACUGGAGAUAAACAAGGGGCUCCCUGUCUCAUAAUGGCUACGAACUUUCAAUUGAUCGAGUCCCCUUCUACGCGUUUGUUCUGCAACACCUUUUCUGUGUCCACACAGAAUUCCAAUACUAAAAUCAGCGAGAAGCAAAUGUGAAACUCUGUAAUCGCCUGGAAUUUUACCUAUUUUGCCUAACUACGCCAUUAUUUUGAUUUUUGAAUAAAAGAAAGGAACUAUUUGUCAACUGGGGCAGGAGAACCUAAGCACAGCGGGUUGGCUUUUACUACCUUAAGCCUGGGAGGCGGAGGGCUGGGGGCGGGGGGAGCAGCACGUCCGGCUCUGGGUUCACCAGAGGACUCGUAAUUGGCGGCUCUUGUAAUACUGUAGCCUUGUAGUGGCAAAGACUGUUGGCUGGCCGGCCCUCGGCUCGGAACUCGCCUCCUCCCCUCCUUGCCGCGCCCCGUACCUUCUGUGCCUCACUGAAAGCUGGCGUGUGUUACGGACGUCAUAUGUUGUUUUGCUCUUUAGCCAGUCAAAGUGUGUGUGUGUGUGUUUUAGUUACAGCUAACCUUUCCACUCCGAUACACAUAGAGUAAGAGGAAGAGCAAGAAAAAAAAUCCAGCACGUCAGUUUUCAUUUGGAAAAGGGGGGAAAAAUAACGUCCACGACAUUUAUCUAUGUGUGAACAUUCUUUCUGAAUAAUGGCGAGCCCGCCUGCAGCGAAAGGAGGGUCAGCUGGUUAUCUCUCCACGGCCAAGGUGAGGAAAUGCGGCUACUUGAAGAAACAGAAACACGGACACAAGAGGUUUUUUGUUCUGCGGGAGCAGAGCGGCAGUUUUCCGGCCAGACUCGAAUACUACGAAAAUGAUAAAAAGUGGAGGAACAAGUCGUCGGCCAAGAGGGUGAUCUCCUUGGACUGCUGCCUGAGCAUCAACAAGAGAGCGGACGCCAAGUACAAAUACCUGAUCGCGCUCUACACCAAAGAGGAAUACCUGGCGGUGGCGGCGGACAACGAACAGGAGCAACACAGCUGGUUCAGCGCGCUUACCGAGCUGCUGCCCUCGGCUUCCAGCUCGCUGCUGCCACACUGCACCGAGCACACCGACUGUGGGCUGCUGUACACCGCCUUGUACAAACAAGUGUGGCAAGUAAACCUGAAGCCUAAAGGCUUGGGCCAGGCCAAAAAUCUUAGCGGCUUUUACAUGCUGUGCCUUUCCACCAGAAGCAUAAGCUUAGUAAAACUCAACUGCGACGUGCCGUCGGUCACCUUGCAGCUAAUGAACAUCAGACGGUGCGGCCACUCGGAGAAUUUCUUCUUCAUUGAAGUGGGGAGGUCGGCGUCCACCGGCCCCGGGGAGCUGUGGAUGCAGGUGGAUGACUCGGUGGUGGCUCAGCAUAUUCAUGAAACCAUUCUCGAAGCUAUGAAAGCCAUGAAAGAUGUGUGCGAAUUCCGACCCCGCAGCAAGAGUCAGUCGUCCGGGUCCAAUCCAAUCAGCGUGCCCUGCCGGAGGCACCUGGUCCACCUGCCGCCGAGCCAGACCGGGCUGCAGAGGAGGUCGCGGACUGACAGCAUGGCGACCCCAUCACCCGCUGGUAAGAUCGUAGCCGGUCGUAUGAGGACAGCGAGUGAAGGGGAUAACAAUUCUAUGGCUGGUAGCCCCGUUAGCCCCAGUACAGUGAGAACACACUUCAUUCGUUCAAGUACCGUAUUUAGAAAUCCCAGAAUGAUGCAGUCCAGUGCUCUUCACCACAGCCGAUCAAUGUCCAUGCCGGUGUCCCGUUCUCCCUUGUCUGCCGCAAGUCCAGUGAGCCUAUCAUCAAGUAGUGGGCAUGGGUCAGCAUCAGACACCAUAGUUCGCCCAUCCAGUAGUAGUGCAUCUGUUUCGGAAUCUCCAAGUGAUGGAGGAUUUAUUUCUUUCGACGAAUGUGGUUCAAGUCCUGGAGAUUUAAGGCAUUACAUAGGGAACAGAGGUAAUACUCCAGAAUCUCUGACGUACACUCCACCUGUACGAGAGAGUAAUGAAUUGUAUGGGUAUAGGUUAAUGGAAAGACAUACAAGUGGCCAGUGUAACCGCAGCUGUUGUAAUGCAGCAAGGGAUGAAAGUUCUGAAACAGAGAGAAGUUACCGGAAAAGAACAUGUUCCUUAACAACCCCAUGCCGACAGAGAGCCAUUUCACAUGUUUCUUCAGUUUCACUAGAUGAAUAUACCUUAAUGAAAGCUACCUGCAUGGGCAAUUCAGGCCAUCUGUCAUGUGCUGUGUCCCCAAAAGUGUGCUAUAAUCCUUAUCCAGAAGACUAUUGUGAUAUUGAAAUAGGAUCCCAAAAAAGUUCUGGGUGCAGUAACUUUGGUGAUGAUGAUGGUUAUAUGCCAAUGACCCUUGGAGUGGUAAAUGUACCUGUAAAAAAUGACGACUACAUGCCAAUGAGCCCCAAAUGUGUGUCUGCCCCAAAGCAAAUAAUUAAUCCGCGAUCACAUCUGCAAGUAAGCAUAAAUGGAUAUAAGAACAUUUCUCCUAUUGAGUGCUGCUCGCCUGAUACCAUUGGAUACAAGAGAAUGUGGUGUGGAUCAAAGAUUUCAGGAGAAAAUUCUGAUGGGAAGUUCACCAAUGAUGAGUAUAUGAACAUGUCUCCUGUUGAUCACUGUGCAUCAGUUACUCCCCCGGACUGUUUUUUCCCUGUAAGUAAUGAACGUCCUCGAUCCAGUGAUUCCUUUAGCUCACUGCCCCAAUCUCGCAAGCCUCAUUUUCAGAAGGAUGGAGAAAAUGAUCAUUAUGUUCUGAUGAGUUCACCACAUGCUGUUAUUUUUGAAGAGCCUGCACUUGGUAUAAAGUCUAACUCAUCCUGUGUAAUUAAUCAUGCUGCACAUUUACCAGUAAGGCAAAGUCAGAGGGAUGGUUUUGUACUUCGAGAAAAAGCUCUGAGACCCUCUAGACUGUCACUGGAGAUGCUAAGAGCCAACACACCACCAAGUACAAAUGAGCCUUCUUUGCCACUGAAACCAAAAAGCCCAGGAGAAUAUAUCAAUAUAGAUUUCAGCAACAAAUUUGUAUAUGCCUCACCAUCUGUGCCACCAAAAGUUUCCUCAUCUUCCUCGAAUUCUGCUAAUGUUCAGAAAAGGUUGCCAGCAACUGAUUACAUGAAUGUUAAUCUCUGUUCACAGUCACCAAAGAAUGGAAUUGUUUCUGUCAAUUCCUUUGAUGCAAUAUCUGAAUAUCCUGGGACAUGCCCCAACAGAAGUCAUCCUGCUGAUGCCUUCCUGAAAAGUCCGGUUGAGACAACCCCCUUUUCUCACCCCUCAGAAGAUGAAACUGAAUAUACAGAAAUGACAUUUGUAAUGGCCGCAACACCUCCACUACCGGUAUCAAACCAUGAAAGUACCCAAGUGGCUACAGUGGUGAAAAGACUUUCCCUAAUCGAUCAGAUGCCUGGGGUAGAUAUUUUCAUGCUUCCAAAUGUGGCACCAGAUCCCAAUCGGGGUGCUAAAGUAAUCCGUGCUAACCCCCAGGGACGCAGGCGGCACAGCUCAGAGACAUUCUCUUCCACAACGACUGUCACACCGGUUUCACCUUCAUUUGCUCACGAUCCUAAAAGGCACAGUUCUGCUUCGUUUGAAAAUGUUUCUCUCAGAAAGAAUGAAGAAACUGAGGAGCUUCAAGGAAGCCCAAUCUGUCGCAAAACUUCCACUGGUUUCCAAGACGGGCUGAAUUAUGUUGCCUUGGAUCUAGUGAAUGAUAAUUUAUUGAGCUGUGAGAAAAUAGCGCAAUGUCGAUCAACACCUCAACCCAAAGGAAAUACGAAUUGUAUUGAUACAGAUUGACCCAUCUACUCUAUUACUGGAACUUUACAAAAAUGAUGCUGCUUAGAAGAUACCUUUGUCAAAUGCUGCUCAAGUUUACCUUUUCUCCUCAUCGUGAAUGGGUAGCUAAUAAUGCCUUGAGACCGUUAUAACACUGCAAUGCACAGCAUACCUUCAAGGACAAGGAAGAUUUCUGCCUCAUUAGUUUCUGUUAUGGGUAUCGAUCAACCUCUUUCUUUUCCAGGAGAAGUGCACUGAAGCUUUUCUCGUUCAGCAUUACAUUAACUGUUGCCUGUUUUGACUUGUUUUAAGAUGAGAUAUGGCCAGCAUUUAUUACUUUCCCAGUCUGGUAACACCUGGAUUGCAUUACCUUAAUCAAAAUGGCCAGACAUCAACUGAAUCGACAGAAAUGGUACUGACCUGGUACAAAUACUACCUCGUUUAAACACUAAAGCAGCCUUUAAUGGGAGAAGUACAUAAACAGCAUUGGCAACGCUGAUCUCCCAAGAUACCAAAACAAUUUCAACAUUUGGAAGUACUAUACCAAUGUGGUAAGCUGGAAUUUUGGGGUUAUCAUGUUCAACAAAGACUCUGUUCAACAGUUUUAGCCCACACCUGAAAAUCAGGAUGGGCUGACAGAAGUGCAAUUUCAGAUUACUGGACUUUGACCACAGGACACUGGAAAGACCCAUCAAAAUCCCAACAAGGAUUUCUCUAAAAACAAGAUGAUGAUUUUCAGUUUCCUUAGAGGGAAGAUAGGAAUCUCUUCAAAGGUUAUGUGCCUAAAAAGUUGUUUGUGAUUUGUAAUGUUAAACGUAAUUUGUACUUUCUCCUCAAAAUUUUGAUCCAUUGACCAGAGAUAAAUUUCAAGGCAAUGUAAAGUUCUUGGUGUUUCUUACCCAUGAAUGCUACUUACAUUGGGUGCAGAAUGUAGACUGUUCAAUGCUGCUUUUGACAGAUGUGACUGCACACAAACUUCCUGCUGACUUAUUUAUUAACAUUGGAACUGUUGACAAAAAUGUGCCAGAAAACCCUGAAUGUAGACACUAUUUUUUGCAAGUGAUAGAAAUUUCACCACAGAACUAUGUAAAGUUCUCCAUAUUUUGCUGGAGGUCAGAUCCCUUGUAGUCAUGGUUGAUGAUGUGUGUAAAUAACAUGCAAGUAAAAUCUAUAUUGUGAACAUUGCUUAUUUUUACAUGAGAUAAAAACCGAAAAGAAUCUUGGUACAGUGGCUGAAUCAGCAUUAAAAGCUACUUAUAACCAUAGCACUGAAAGAAACGCUGACUUGGAACUUAAUUGCCUCGACAUCAGCAGGACAUUGGAAUAAACUGAAAUCAAUGGAGCAUUUUCCAUUCGGAACAGCUUUUGUAACUUCACAAGAAUGUUUGAAUGUACAAUUCAGAAUUACGUAUGGAAUAUUUUACAUCCUUAGUUUACAGUUUGAACCUAUAGUUUACUGGUUACUCUCUUCACUAGAAUGUAUAACAAUAUUUGUUACCUGUAUAUUUUGCUAAUUUCAGUUUAAGGCAUGCGUUUUUCCUCAUGAACUUGUAUAAACCUUGAACAAUAUAAAAGCAGGGUUUUCAUGUUAAUUUUUUAGUCUAGAGAUGAAAGAUAAUAUGUAUUACUACUUGUAAGUAGACAAAAGAUUAUUGUAAUCUUAUCAUAUUUUUCUGUCUUCCAUUUUAUGUACUGUAUAUAGGUUUCGAUGUAAUGCUUCUGGAAGAAGAGAAACUAAUUUAGAAUAGUGUAUUAUGCUUUCUCGUAAUUGAUCUUGAACGUUCCCUUGAUAGCAUUACACAACACAAUAAUCUAACAUUUCUGAAAAAUGUUAUUUCCUAAUUUUAAUUAUGAAUAAUUUGGCUGUAUUAGCAAUGUAUUAUGCUCCAGCUACAAACUUUCACAGCAGCCCUGUUUCCUUAUGAAUUAGGAAGUCCUGAUGUACCUGUGGACUGUGCUGGCAGCUAGCAGCAGGCAGCAGAAUAUUUUCUGCAGCUCAUUUGUCAUAGCUACUUUAAUUUGGCCAUUGUAUUAACAUAAAUAAAAGAGAA